AUGAAAUUCGAUGUCAAUGUUUUUUUGCUUUUUUUGACCAGUGCGACAGCUUAUGAACCCUGUUAUAAUAAUAAUGACUGUACCUCGCAAUGUCGUUCGAUUGGAAGCUGCAUCUGCAAUGAACGCAUAUGUGUAGAAGUUGAAUGCACCAAAAACGAGCACUGCUCAAUGCGCUACGGAGAUAAAAACGGGUUUAUUUGUAACGAAUCUCAUCAUUGUCAAAUGGUACAGUGUACAAAUAAUCUUCAUUGCCGCGUUUUUUGCCAAGAUGAAAUCUGCAUCUGCGCCGAAAACAAGUGCCGGGAAGUUGAGUGCACUAGAAACCAUCACUGCGUCGAGCGAUACGGAGAGGAAGAAGGUUAUAUCUGUAACAAGUCUCAUCAAUGUGAAAGGGUCGAGUGCACCAAGAACCAUCAUUGCAUUGGUUGCCGCUACGAAAGCUUACCUUUCGCCUGUGAUAAAAAAUCAAAUCGAUGCGUGGAAGUCGACUGCGUGAGAAAUGAGCAUUGUAGGGAAAAAGAACGAUGUAUUUACAAAAAAUGCAAAGUGAUGUUUGAGUGCGAAAAACACAGUCAUUGCAAGGACGAUGAAAUAUGCAGAGGAAAUCGCUGCUACAAAAGAGAAUGCUACAGUAAUUUCCUUUGCGGGGAUAACGAAAUCUGCAAAAAUCAUAAAUGUAUACCCGGGAAAUCGAAAAAGCCCGGUUCAUCUUACUCUUACUAUUAA